CUUAAAGUUGGUUGGGACGAACCCGUACCUGACAACAUUGAGCAAGCCUGGCAGGAUUUUGCCAAUGGAUUACCAGUUCUGUCCAAUUUACAAAUUCCUAGAUUCGUUGCAUGUGUUUCGCCAAAAUUCAUAGAAAUUCACUCUUUCAGUGAUGCGUCCCAAGUAGGUUACGGUGCAUGUGUAUACGUGAAAACUAUAGAUAUCAACGGUGAAAUUUUAGUUAAGUUACUUUGUUCAAAAUCAAAAGUAGCUCCACUAAAACCUACUUCAAUACCUCGCUUGGAGCUUUGUGCGGCACUUCUUGCUGCUCGACUAUCCAAAGCAGUAAUAGAGUCAAUAAGGUAUGUUCCUGACCGCAUAAUCCAUUGGUGCGAUUCCAGCAUCGUAUUGGGAUGGUUAAAAGGAGAUAUAUCUAAAUUAAAAACAUUUGUGGCUAAUAGAAUAGGUGAAAUCCAAGAAAACACGCAGUCGUCUUCCUGGCGUUAUGUUCCCACUGCAGAGAAUCCUGCCGAUUUAAUUUCACGUGGUGUAAGUGCCGAUCAGCUGUGUCAUACAGACAUGUGGUGGAAAGGGCCCAAAUUUCUGCAAAAGAAAGAAGACGAAUGGCCAGUUUUAAAACAUGAUAAUUUUAAUAAUUUACCUGAGCUUAAAGUGGUUGCUACGUCCGUCAUUGUAAACAAAUCAAUAAUAGAAAUGGAACGGUUUUCAAAUCUUAAUAGACUGCAAAGAUCGGUCGCUUAUGUCAAUCGCUUUAUAUACAAUAUAAAAAACCCCAAUAUCAAAAUAUCAGGCCCAUUAACUGUUGAAGAGUUGAACAAAUCUUUUAACUUUUUAUGCACUAUAUCCCAACAAGAAAGUUUUCCCAUUGAACUUAAAGCGUUAUCAAAUGAAAAAUUUUUGAAUACGAAAUCAAAAAUAUUAUCAUUGUCACCGUUUCUUGAUAACGAUAACUUAAUACGAGUGGGUGGGCGUAUAGACGCUUCAACCUAUCCAUAUAAUAAAAGACAUCCAGUUUUAUUAGAUUCGUCUCAUUAUUUAUGCAAAUUGAUAUUUAGAGCAGAGCACAUUCGCAACAUGCACGCUGGCCCACAACUGCUUCUAGCCACAGUCAGACAAACUGUUUGGCCCAUUAAGGGUAGGUUAUUAGCACGAGCAACUGUACGUAAAUGUGUACGUUGCCGACGAGUUUUAGGAAAGACGUUAUUGCCAAAAAUGGGUGAUCUACCCUCACAAAGAAUUACGCCAGAUUUUCCUUUUACAUCUGUUGGUAUUGACAUGGCUGGACCCUUUAUUACAUUAAAUCGAAAGGGACGAGGAGCUAAAUUAUCUAAGUCUUAUUUAUGUUUAUUUGUAUGUCUCCGGUACAAAUGCGUUCAUUUGGAGGCUGUAAGCGACCUCACUAAGGAUGCUUUUAUUAUGACCUUACGUCGGUUUAUAUGUCGUCGCGGCAAGCCAGCGGAAAUAUUUUCCGAUAACGGUCGUAAUUUUGUUGGAGCCGCUAAAGAACUUAAUGGUUUUCUAAAGACUAAUAAUGAAACAUUAUCUGAGUUUGCAGUUCAGGAAGGCAUUAAAUUUAUUUUUACUCCUUCUUACGCUCCUCAUUUUGGUGGUAUUUGGGAAGCAGGAAUCAAAUCUUCCAAACACCUUAUACGUCGUGUAAUGGGCAAUUCUCAUUUAACCUUCGAGGAACUUUCGACUCUUUUUGCACAAGUGGAAUCUAUAUUGAAUAGUCGUCCAUUGUGUCCCUUAUCCUCUUCCCCAGACGACUUCCUAUUCCUUUCCCCAGGGCACUUUCUGAUUGGAAAACCGCUGAAUGCUUUGCCAUCCCCUUGUCUAGAAGACUAUAAGGAAAGUUGCUUGCGUCGCCAUGCACGUCUUGAGCAAAUAAGACAGCAUUUUUGGCGAAGAUGGCAACAAGAAUACAUCUCUGAAUUACAAGUACGGACCAAAUGGAAACUUGAUACAGCCAAAGUAAAGAUUGGAGAUUUGGUCUUGCUGCGUGAAGAUACUCUUCCUCCGUUAUGCUGGCGUACUGGUCGAGUAACAAAAUUAUAUCCAGGACCUGAUGGAAUCUCUCGUGUCGCAGAUGUAAAUACAAAGACAGGAUGUUACCGGCGACCUCUUGUUCGCCUCUGCCCUCUUCUUGCUGAUGAAGACUAUUAACGAUGGAGACGGUUGAAGAGCGAGUCUUCAA